GGGAUUGGAGAGCCCAGCGUGUACCACGCCGUGGUGGUGAUUUUCCUGGAGUUCUUUGCCUGGGGGCUGCUGACCACGCCAAUGCUAACGGUGUUACACCAGACUUUCCCCCAGCACACAUUCUUGAUGAACGGCCUGAUUCAUGGAGUCAAGGGUCUGCUUUCUUUUCUAAGUGCCCCACUGAUUGGUGCUCUCUCUGAUGUCUGGGGCAGGAAAUCCUUCCUCCUCCUCACUGUCUUCUUCACGUGUGCUCCAAUUCCCCUGAUGAAGAUCAGUCCGUGGUGGUAUUUUGCUGUCAUUUCCAUGUCUGGAGUCUUUGCUGUCACCUUCUCUGUGAUUUUUGCCUACGUUGCCGAUAUCACCCAGGAGCAUGAGCGCAGCACGGCGUAUGGCUUGGUGUCAGCCACGUUUGCUGCUAGUCUGGUCACGAGCCCAGCCAUCGGGGCGUACCUCUCCCAGGCCUAUGGUGACACGUUGGUGGUGGUGCUGGCUUCAGGUGUGGCUUUGCUGGAUAUUGCCUUCAUCCUGCUGGCAGUGCCGGAGUCGCUGCCGGAGGAGAUGCGCCCGGUCUCCUGGGGAGCUCCAAUCUCUUGGGAACAAGCAGACCCAUUCGCUUCCUUGCGGAAAGUGGGUCAGGAUUCUACAGUGCUGCUCAUCUGUAUCACCGUCUUUCUCUCCUACCUUCCCGAAGCCGGCCAGUAUUCCAGCUUUUUCCUGUACCUGCGACAGGUCAUUGGUUUUUCCUCGGAGACUGUGGCAGCCUUCAUUGGCGUGGUUGGAAUUCUCUCCAUCCUGGCUCAGACAGUGGUGUUGGGAAUUCUCAUGCGUUCCAUAGGAAAUAAGAACACCAUCCUGCUGGGACUAGGCUUCCAGAUCCUCCAGCUUGCCUGGUACGGCUUCGGAUCGCAGCCUUGGAUGAUGUGGGCUGCAGGAGCCGUGGCUGCCAUGUCCAGCAUCACCUUCCCAGCCAUCAGUGCCAUGGUGUCUCGGAACGCGGACCCUGACCAACAGGGUGUGGUGCAGGGGAUGAUCACUGGGAUCCGGGGGCUGUGUAAUGGCCUGGGGCCGGCGCUCUAUGGCUUCGUCUUCUAUCUCUUCCACGUGGAGCUGAAUGAAAUGGCUGAGGUGGAAACCCUGGGUAAGGCCUCCAAACCCAACAUGGCCAACCCUACGGAUGAGAGCAGCAUCAUCCCAGGGCCUCCUUUCCUGUUCGGGGCUUGUUCUGUCCUGCUGUCGCUCCUGGUGGCCUUGUUCAUUCCAGAACACAACCUUGCACUGAGAUCAGGCAGCCACAAGAAGCACAGUAACGGAGCCCAGACCCACACUCACAGCCCUCAGGCUGGUGGGUCGGAUGGCAAAGAGCCCCUGCUCGAGGACAGCAGCGUAUGAGGCCGGGAGAGAAGGACCUGGCUCACAUCUCGACCCCAGGCCAAGGAGGGACUCAACCAGUGGGAGCUCAAGGAGAGAGAGACAGGGUGGGG